AUGGACCCGUCCCACCGCCCAGCUUGUCUUAGCUGCGCACAACGUGGGUCCACCAACCUCGACUGCGACGGCGGCCAUCCCUGCACCCCCUGCCGCACCUCGAGCACCCGCUGCGCCUAUCCUCGGCCUUCGACACCGCCCUCAGCUUGGACAAACAUCGCCCCGCAAGCCGUCCAACGAUGGCCCGAGUCGGUCCAGCUCGUCCCUGGCGAGGCGGCAUCCUUUCGCCUGCGAGCCGAGCGCGACAAGGACGGCAACGUCGACGCCUUCAGCCGCGAGUGGGUCGUCAACCAGGACCAAGAUCUACGGCUUCGAGCGAGGCGCGGCAAGACGAGCCUGCUGUUCCCGGCGUCAGUCGACGACCGAGACGAGGCAGAAGCGCUCGACCUCGAGGGCGACCCGCUCGACUUUGCCCGUGAGGGUCACGUUCUGCUCAACCUUCACGACGUCCUCCGCCACGACCCGCUCCAACCGACCGUCGGCCUCAACGCGGCCAUCCAGGACCGCCACAGCUCGUCGUCGAAGCAGACGCGCAUCCUCCGCACGUUCGAGACUCGCGACCCGAACCUCGGCAACGUCCUCGCCGCGUGCGACGUCCCGCUCGACGACGGCGCGAGCUCGAGCAGCACGUGCGUCGCCUUCCGGCGUGCCGAGACGCCCGGCGGGCGCCCAACGGCGGUCGGCUGGGGCAGCUUUGCGCCCUUGCCGCGAGAGCUGCGCGCGCCGAGCCGCAAGGGCAAGGACCGCGAGCGGGACGGCGACGCGCGCGCAGGCUUCCGAGCCUCGACCGAGCCGCUCUUGACGAGCGCGCACCCGGUCCGCCAGGUCGAGCUCUCGCGCCUCGGCAGUAGCUCGUCGGCGCUCCUCGGCGUGCGGACGCAGGGCUCGCUCGACCUCGUCCACCUCUCCCUUCCCUCUCCCUCCUCGGAUUUCGCCCACCCCCCGCCGCCGACAACCCUGUCGCGCUUCACAUACACCGCCUCGUCCCUCUCUCGUCGCCCCAUCGCCGACUUUGCCCUCAGCCCCGCCCUCGGCGCCGGCCUCGUCGUCGACACGACGGGCGCCCUGUUCGGCUGGGGCCUCGGCGCGAGAGGGUCCGGGCGCAUCGGCGACCGGGACUGGCGCGGCGCGCAGCCCGACAUGUUCCGCCUGAGGGGAGGGAGGAAGAAGGGCGAGGGAGGGUACAGCGGGCUGGCGCGUGUGCAGUGCGGCGGCGUGAGGGGGACGGACGCGGUCGUCGCGGUCGAGGACGAGAUGCUCCUGUACGACCUACGAUCACCCAGAGCGUCACUCCAGCUCGUCGACCCGCACCUACUCGCUCAGCACCUCGCCCACGGCGAGACCGACCCCGCCCGCAUCGUAUCCCUCCUUCAGUGCACCCCUCCCACCUCCAACUCGUUCCUCUCAUCGUCCACCUCGACCGCCCAGCACGUCGUCGCGACGACGCACGACGUCCUGUACCUCGACGAGCGUAUGCCGUCCCGCGCGCUCCUGCGGUGGAAGCACGGCCGGUGCGGCCCCGAGUCGAAAGGCCUCGACCUCACCCUGUCGCUCAUCGAGGUCCCGGCGCACGUCUGCGACUCGCCGCAGCGCGACAGCGUCGAGCCGGUCGUCGGUCGAGCAGCCCUCACCUCGCGCCUGCACCCGCACGUCGAGCUCUACACGACGCGCGCCGACCCGGCGCACGCGGCCCAGUUCGCGCUCGGCCCGUACGCGCUCGAGGGCCCGCGCUCGUCGGCGUCUGCAUCGUCGCCGAGGUCCGAGCGCUUCACACGCGCCGGCACGGCGUUCGUCCCGCUCCCACCUCUCGCCACGAGCGCCGCAGCCGGCCCGUCCUCCUCGCGCGAGGCCAUGGACGUCGACGGCCCGUCACGCUCGUCGAGCGACGAGGACGAGGACGGGCCCGCCGCGCGCCGAGAGCGCCUCGCCGAGGCGCGCCGGGCCGCCCGCAGCAGGUCGUGGAGACUGCUCGAGGCCGGCGCGCGAGGCGAGCUCUCGGUCCGCCAGGUCGAGCUUGAGCGGUUCACGGUCGCGUCGGGCGACGAGGACGGCGAGGGCGAGGAGGUGGGCGACGGCGCAGCUGGCGGUGCAGGUGCGGCCGAGCCCGCGCACGUUGAGCUGAGCGCGGAGCUCGCGCAGCUCGGCGCCGAGGCGGAGCGCGUGCGGAGGAGGAGGUCGAAUCGGGACCGGCGGCGGCAGAAGGAGGAGGAGCGGCUCGUCGACGUCAGCAGGGUCAGGAGGGUCCUUGCGCCGGAGCGGGUGCUUGAGGCGGGACGGGCGGCGGACGAGGUCGGCGACGGCGUCGACUCGGCGCAGGCGGCGGUGCAGCUCGUGCGAGGUGCGACGGUGAGGGAGGAGGGCGAUGUCGGCGCCUUGACCGGGCUCGAGCUCCUGUCGCUCUCGUCUCGCCACUCGGCCGCCAUGACCGACGACGACGACCUCGCCCCAGCACCACUGCCUCGCCCGUCGGCGUACGAUGCCCUCGUCUCGAUCCCGCCCGAGUCGACCGCCGCUCUCGACGCCGCUCUCGCCGCCGCGCCGGCCGCCCUGCGCUUUCGACCCAUACCCACCCCGACCCACUUCUCGACCCUCCUCCCUCGGCGACUUCCGCCCUGCACCGCCGCACCGACCACUUCGGCAGCCCAGCGCCUGCGCGCUCUCGCCUCCGAGCGAGUCGAGCGCCAACACGCCCUCGCCUCUCACGUCCUCCUGCCCCGAGCGAUCGAGCCCGACGAGCCCGUUCGUGCGCCCAACCAGCCGCAGCCGGCCGACGAGGACCCGCCGGCGCUCCACUUCUCGUACGUGCGGCCCAAGGCGCCGACACCGAGCGGGCUCGGCGACCUCGACGGCGACGGCGAGGUCUCCGGCCUGCGCAGUGUCGGUCGCGGCACGAGACGGCGCAAGAACAGGGGCGACGACGUCGACCCGCCCUCGCUCGACUCGCUCGGCGCGCGGCUCCUCCUCGCCGAGUGGCACGUGGGCGCCGACCCGCGGUCGUACACGUGGUACAGCCCGUACGACGACGACCAGGACAAGGACCUCGACGCGCUCGCCGUCUCGCAGGCCCAGGCGAGCUCGUCGUCGCGGCGCAAGAAGCGCGAGCGCGAGGCGUCGACGAUGGGCCCGACCUCGUCGGCCAUGAGCUGGCAGCCGUCUUUCCCGCCGUCGUCGGCGAGCUUCGCCACGUCGUCGCAGUCGUACUUCCCGUCGCUCGGGCCGCCGCAGAUCGGCAGCAACCCGUCGCACGCCCAGUCGCAGUCGCAGUCGCAGGGCUGGCCGCAGCUCGCCGCGACGCAGCCGACCAUCUCGGUCAGCGGGCCGGCCGACGCGUCGGCGUCGUCGCAAGGUCCUCCAGCGUUCGGUGGCGCGGCGUCGCAGACGGUGCCGGGCGCGUUCGGGUCGAGGUUGACGGUCGGAGCCGGGCGAGGAGGGGACAAGGACAAGAAGAAGAAGGGCAAGAAGCGCGUCUCUGGCUUUUGAUGGAGUUGUUGUAGCAUCUCGUACUGCAUUAAUCGCAACCCUGGGCACGCUG